UACCAUUUGUCUCAACAGCCUGAUGUAUGGCUUGAUCUGUUACCUGAGCGUAUUGAGUAUUACAAGGUUCAUGAUUUGCUGUGUCACUAACCUCUAGGACCUUCUUGUUCCUCAACCUAUUGGGCAUUUUACUGUUCCAGACAGCUUUUGACCACGAUGGAGGAUGCUGCAGUAGGAAUUAUUGGUAUGGGGGACAUGGGCCGCAUGUAUGCGAGGAGGUUUAGUCAGGCUGGAUGGAGAGUCAAUGCUUGCGACCGACCAGACAAAUUCCAGACACUCCGGACUGAGUUCGAGAAUGAGAAAAGAAUAAAUAUCUUACCCAAUGGGCAUCUUGUUUCGAGAGCUAGCGACUGGAUAAUCUACAGCGUGGAAGCCGAAGUCAUUGCUAAGGUCGUCGCAGAGUAUGGCCCAUCAACCAAAGUGGGUGCCAUCGUGGGUGGACAAACCUCGUGUAAAGCCCCAGAACUGGCCGCUUUCGAGAAAUAUCUGCCAGAGGACGUCGAAAUUGUCUCGUGCCAUUCAUUGCAUGGACCUGCUGUAGAUCCUACAGGUCAACCACUCGUCGUCAUCCAACAUCGAGCCUCGCAGAAAAGUGUUGACCUCUGUGUUCGAAUCCUUUCUUGUCUCAAUUCGAAGAUGGUCUUUCUGUCUGGAGAGAAGCAUGACAGAAUUACAGCUGAUACGCAGGCCGUCACUCAUGCCGCUUUCUUGAGUAUGGGAACUGCAUGGGCAGCGAACCAACAAUUCCCCUGGGAAAUUGAUCGUUACGUCGGCGGCAUUGAGAACGUCAAGAUCAAUAUCACCUUGCGCAUAUAUGCCAACAAAUGGCACGUUUAUGCCGGUCUUGCCAUUCUCAAUCCCGCUGCCAAGGAGCAGAUUCGGCAAUACGCCCAAUCUGUGACGGAGCUAUAUAAGCUCAUGCUGGGUGGCCAUCGCGAAGAGCUCGCUCAGAGGAUCAAAACCGCCGGUGCUGCGGUUUUCUCGACGGAUACUGUCCACCACAACCUCCUCCUUGGAGAUGAAGUCCUGGACAAGUUUUCACUUUCGAAGAGGCCAAACGAAAGGACCCCCAACAAUCACCUUAGUUUAUUGGGUAUCGUCGACUGUUGGUGGAAACUUGGAAUCGUGCCGUACGACCACAUGAUUUGCUCUACGCCUCUGUUCCGUAUUUGGCUGGGCGUGACAGAAUAUCUCUUCCGGAAUGAAACUUUGCUGGACGAGGUGAUCAAAACAGCCGUCGGAGAUAAUACUUUUCGAUCGGAUGAUCUCGAGUUCACCUUUGCUGCUAGGGCAUGGUCUGAAUGUGUCUCGUUUGGUGCUUUCGAUGCAUAUCGCGCUCGAUUCGAGAACAUUCAGCAGUACUUUGCUCCGAGAUUCCCCGAAGCAGUCAGACUUGGCAACGAGAUGAUCAAGGAAAUCAUGACGAGAACGAAGCAAUGAUACCUCAUCUGACCACCCAGUAAGAAGAGGAAUCGAAGCGCAGAUAUACCAGGAACCUUCCCACCGAAAGCUCGGCUUGAUCCAGUAAUGGGUCAAGCUUCGGAGAACUCGCAUUCUGAACGAAUCAUCAUUUCAAUAUUGGCCCUUUCGAAUCGUGUGCCAUUCCUGGACAUGCCUACGACGAGUAUAAGCCAGCUUUCAUGGUCGUCGACAUCGGAUACGUCACGGACAAGGGCAACCGGCGUCGUUAACCAUGCCGAAUUGGGGAUUUGGGCAGUCUGUGGUACGAAAAUAAUCCGCAUUGUGGCCGCGGCGCGGCAGCAAAGUACGUGAGACCAAGCCUUGAGGUCUCUGGGCAGGAACCUUCGCCACGGACCCAGAGAUGUUAUCAGAAGAUAUCGUGCAAUUAGAAUUGACAGCAGUUGUGAUGCCCAGCCACAUGCAACGUACCCAUUGGCCAGACAAAACCCCCGACAUGUCGACAAGGCGCUACUUACGUGUGCUUAUUAUCUACCGCGCCUCCCUCGGGCAGUACACUACUGUAUGCACGAAGACGAUAAUUGUGUGAGGCUACCUCCGUACCUUGACAAGACCUGGGCGAAGCAGGUGGUUGUAGUGUUUCCAGGCUUCCAGCACCAACUGCGUCGCAAGCGAUCUGCGCAUUUCAGCUCUGCGAUAGGGCGGACCUGAACGACUUGUCUAGAUUUCGCCAGGUAUCCUGCGAGCGAAGUCGAAACACGAUUAAAAUGGCCAAUCAGGAUCCCUUCAAUCAUGCUGAGGGCAAUCAGUGGAGCUCCUUCGGCCAAAUCCUCCCUGUUAGCCCCUUGUUCAGCAGGAACCGGAAAUCCUACAGCCACUCUAAACCUCAAAAGGGUUUGGCAUGUGUGCUUUUUCCCCCAAUUCUCGAUCCUGCCGCAUCCCCUUGAUGCUAUUUAUUUCCUGUCAUACUUCGACAGCCUCGCAGUCCGGGGUGACUCCGUUCUGAUUGAGGUAGUUGCCAGCAUGAAAUGCUGCCGCGGAAUUCAGCAGCAUAUGUACUAUCUCCUGAGCGGACAGGUUACCACUGGUUCCUGGUCAAUGAACACGUCAAUGCGACACGUCGUAAGCCAUCCUGAAGCUGCUUGUGUCUCAAGUCCACCCUUCAAACGGACGUACAGGGGCCGAGCUCCAUCAAGGCUUGUGCCUCCCCUGAAGCCCCCUUGGCAAGCCACCAGACACGUACACCCACCAUGCAAUUUGAACAAGGUUUGGCGUGCUCUGCCAGAGCUCGCGCCAUAGAGUC